AUGCAGGCGUUUCAAGAAGUCGUUAACUCCAGUGUAAACACAGAUAUGAAUCCAGAGACAGCUGAUCCAAUAUAUGCGGGGGGUUUUGAACAUUCGAUGAAUAGUCACGAAUCACAAAGAGGAAUGAAUUCAAGAGUAUACUCCAAUGAAUUUGUGAAAUGUCAGUAUACUCCGUUGCUUUAUGCAUCAAAUUACUUCUCCACACUUUCUUCUGUGCGAGAUGAGAAAACCAAAGAGCAAAUUAGAAUGGAAAAUGAAAAUCUAUUAAAACAGUACUACUCCUCGAAGAAACCUAUCAGUCAUGCUACCUACAGACAAGGAAGUAUUACAAGCUGUGUCGAUUCAAAUGUAUCCACCAUUGGAUCUGUAAGCGGCGCAUCAGCAGGUACAUCUUAUGGAAAAGCUGCGCAAACAUGGCUCAAUAAGCUCUUGGAUAACGGUAACGAUCUCGCAGACUCAUUUGAUUUUCAGCUUCCUAUCAAUGUGACGGGAGGCAGCGAUAAGGAAGAGGUUGAAAGACGGCAAAUGAUGGAGAGUGCCCCUGUAAAGUCUUACUAUAGCCAUUUUCAAAAAUUAUUGACAACUGAUAUCCGUGACGCAGAACUACUGAGGAGACACAAUAUGUGGAUGCCAACUGUGAGAAAGGAGUUUCGACCUCUUGUGUUGAAUCAAGAUCUUAAUACGGACUCGCUAUACGAUAGUAAGAUAUGUUCUCUUUUUUUAGAGGGAAGUAAAUAUAUUCCCAGAGAUUACGAUACCUACGGAGGAUGUACGAUAUUCCCCUCUUUUUUCUCUGAGUAUAAACUCCCAUCCUUUUGCUAUCACUGUGGCGUCGAGAUGAAUGGUCAAAUCUUUAUAAUCGGUGGCCUGGUGGCCUGUCAUAAAUAUAAUGAAGAAGCCCCAUCUUUAAACGAUUUUGAAGUUGACGGUGUCAAAAAUUUACCUCCUCCCCUGCUUCCAAAGAUCAUAAAUAAUCCUUCCAUGAUUAACAAUUCGAGACUUUACGUAAUCGCCACGGCAUCUUCCCGAAUAUCUAGACCGGUGAUUUCUGGUACCAUUCCUCCUCCUCUGUUAUGUACCAAGGGGUCAAAACUGACCGAGAGACACAUCUUUUAUUAUGGUGGGUUUGAAAUCAAAACUGAAACAACAUACGAUGGAACGGGAACAUUCAAGCUGAAAAAGAGGGCAUUUGUCAAUAACACCGCAUACAUCUUAGAUACGAUGACUUUUAAAUUCUCUAAAGUUGAGUUGACAGCACUUCCAUACAAAUUCGUUACCUACCCGACACUAGCUGCUAGAUUUGGCCACAUGCAAGUAUCUGUCAUGGCAAAAAAUUGGUGCUCUAGGCAUAAUCAAAAAAGUCUCGAUUGUUGCACCAACGAUAGUUCAACGUUGAAUAAUGAACGAUCAUCUGCGGAAACAAGCUCGAAUAUAGGAGGCUCGCCUCUGGCGGAAAAUACUUCAUCACAUUCAAAUAAUAAUCAUUCCCAGGGUGUUUAUACGAUCAUAAUAUUUGCUGGCUAUAGGCAAACAGGCGAUGAUAAAUACGAGGCCAUGAAUGACAUGUGGAAAAUCGAAGUUCCAAUUGUGGCUAGAGGUAAAAGAGGAUAUUACAAAUUUGGUGGCACUGCAACUGCUUCAAUCAUCAUGAAGUCAGCAGAUUCCGAUCCUUGGCCGAGUAGCAGAGCGUUUUUCGCUUAUGGCUUAGAGGAUUCUGAAAUAUUAAACAAAUCAAAUUUACAUGCAAGCCUAUUAAAAAACUUGGAGGACAAUUUUCGUAUAGAGGUGAUUUCACAACAGGGCCAACCAAAAUCUAAACCUAUCUUUCCCAACAUUCCUCACUCAAGAAGAGAUGUUUCAUCUGCAAGACGACCCUUUUCCGCCAAAGAUAAUUAUUCAAGUAGCGCGCUUUCGAGUAAACAAGCGUCUUUUCGUUCGGUAUCGACGUCAAGUUUUGCCAUGCAACCAGCAUUGACAAAGAGGUCUUCAAAUGCCGAGAAAGUUAUUGUCAUUCAUGGAGGAUCAAACAAGAAAAAGGUUUGUGGUGAUAUGUGGUGGUUCAAUGUAGAGACGGAGACAUGGUCUGAUGUGACGACAUUUGGAAAGAGUAAAGAAUCAGGUAUAGCUCCCAUCGAAGUCGAUCUGGUAGGUCAUUCCAUGGUAAAUGUUGGGCAUAUUUGCGUAUGUCUUGGUGGCUUGAGCCAGGCUGAUGUCAAUGAGCUUUAUGAAGAUGCGUCUUGCCAGCGAGAUGCAAGCCGAGAGAAGAGUAUUAGUAAUGACUUCCUCAAGAUCUUCGAUCUCACAACCCAAUGUCUUCAGGGGCAUGAUUUUCAUGGAAACAUGAGCGGAGUUCAAAAUCCCAGCAAUCCAUUUAGUACCAGCUUGGUGAUGUCCUUCGGUUGCACCGUUUUGCAUGUCAAUGGAUUGAUUAUACUCGUGGGAGGACUCGUUGCUGAAAGAUCGAAUAUAAAAAAUAUAUAUAUGAGAGGUGCGAUAUUAGAAUGCGUGCUUCCCUCUGCAAAUCUUGCUAGUUGA